AAGAAAAGUUUCUCAAACUCAUCUGAAACUUAGAAAACCCUAAAACAAUAAACCUCUAUUACACAAACUCCACCUCCAACUUAGAUCCCCUUCCGACAAUGUCUUCUCAUCUCUUUAUCCGUCACCGGAUCUCUCUCCUGAGAACCCUCAAACCCAAUCCCCACAUCAGAACCAUUUCCGGUACACCAUUCCUCUCCCAAGAUCCCCAACUCGCAACAACCGAAUCAACCGAUCAUCACGACCCGACAGGAGGAUCCGCCACGACCCUUCCUCCGAAUCCAGCAACAGGAAGUCCUCUCUACCAAGAAAACUGGCGUAGUCCAAUCCCAAACUCUCCCUCCUUCACCCAAUCCCUAGUCCCUAUGGGAUUCCUAAACCAAGCUCCUUCAUCUCGCAUCAGAGCUCUCUCCGAGACCUUAGACAUGAACUCGCUCCUCAACAUGUUCGCGGAUUGGACGGCCUCGCAGCGUUGGUCCGACAUGAAGCAGCUUUUCGAGUUUUGGGUUCGGUCUCUAGACAAGAACGGGAAACCGAACAAGCCGGAUGUUGACCUUUACAAUCAUUACCUUAGGGCUAAUUUGAUGAUGGGCGCUUCUCCUAGUGAUAUGCUCGAUCUGGUUGCGUUGAUGGAUGAUUUCUCUGUGGAGCCGAAUACGGCGUCGUAUAAUCUAGUUUUGAAGGCUAUGCAUCAGGCUAAAGAGACUGAGGUUGCGGAGAAGCUGCUUAGCCGGAUGCUGAUGUCAGGGAAGGAUGAAUCUCGUCCGGAUGAUGAAUCAUAUGAUUUGGUUAUUGGAAUGAUGUUUUCCAAUGGGGAGAAUGACAAAGCCAUGCAGCUUCUGGACAUCGCAUUAAAAUCUGGUUACAUGUUAUCCACCACGGUUUUUAGCGAAUGUGUGCGUAGCUGUGUAGCUAAAGGUAGGACAGAUACACUUGUCUCCAUCAUCGAGAGGUGUAAGUCUCUUGAUCGGAACAAGUCAUUAUGCCCUAGCUGGAUACUGUGUACAUACAUGGCAGAAGUUGCAGCUCAAGAGGAUAAUAGCAAACUAGCAUUCUAUGCGUUUGAGUUCAUGUACAAUUGGAUCAACAGGGGAGAAAUGGCUAGGCCCGCGGUUUUACUCUCUGUUGAUGAAGGGUUGGUGGUAUCAGCUCUCGCAACUGCUGCUAGGACUUGUUAUCCAACUUUAGUAGAUGGAUCAUGGAUGAUUCUGAAACGGAGCCUGCGUGGGAAAAAGGCAGCCAACCCUGCGACAUACAUUGCAAAGAUAAAUGCUUAUGCAUCGUUGGGGAACCUGCAGAAAGCUUUCAUCGCACUUCAUGAGUUUGAAACCGCAUAUGCUGACGCUGAAAAAGAAGUUAAGGAGGAAAUGCUUUCACCUUUUACAUCGUUAAACCCGCUGGUUGUGGCCUGCUCUAAGAAAGGUUUUGAGACAUUGGAUGAGGUAUACUUCCAGCUGGAGACACUGAGUAAAGGUGAUACUCCAUAUAAGUCUGUUGCUGCUCUAAACUGUAUAGUUCUUGGCUGCGCAAACACAUGGGAUCUUGAUCGUGCUUACCAGACGUUUGAUGCAAUAAGUGCUUCUUUUGGUCUGACUCCUAAUAUUGAUUCGUACAAUGCUUUGAUAUAUGCAUUUGGAAAAGUCAAGAAGACUCCCGAGGCUACAAGAGUGUACUCUCAUCUGGUUGGGGAAGGUGUUAAACCUGAUUCCCGGACGUUUUCAUUACUGGUUGAUGCUCAUCUCAUUAACCGGGAUGCCAAAUCAGCUCUGUCCGUCAUUGAUGACAUGAUCAAAGCUGGAUUUGAACCUUCCAAGGAGACAUUGAAGAAACUGAGAAGGCGAUGUAUCAGGGAACUAGACAACGAAAACGAUGAGAAGGUGGAGUCAUUGGCCAAGAAGUUUCAAAUAAGGAUGGGAUCAGAGAACCGCAGGAACAUGCUUUUCAACAUGGAUUACUCCAGGGGUCGCGCAUAGUAAUGCUACAUGAACUCUUGUGAGGUAUGAAGCUCAGGCAGAGGCUCAUCGAAUCUUUGAAGCUAUGGGAUCAUUUCUCCGUGUUUCGUUGCUGUAAAUUGCUUCAUUUAUAAUCGUUUUGAGUCCUUCAUCUGAUUUUUCCAUUUACGUAGCUCGUUGUUUUAGGAUCACUAAGUGGAUCAUCUCCUGCAGAUGUUUUCAUGCAGCGUUGACCAAUAAAUGUCAAAACUUUUUGGAAUAUUCCUUUUUUUUUAUAUCUUUACAAAAGACCACUAUAUUCGUAAGAUUCAUUUCGGUUAUAACACCAAC